UCAGCUCGUAUUACUAGAGAUUUGCUCAGAUUUGGAGAUCGUGUUGCAGCACUUGCUUCUGAGUUAAGAUCAUCAGAAGUAUUUUCAAGAGAUUGUCCGAUACAUUCUGCAACUGAAGCCAUUGAUGGAUUUUCAAGAAGAUUACGUCUUCUGCAAACAGAGGCUCAAGAUUUAAUUGAGUUACAGGAACUACUCGAAACAGCGGUUGUCAACUUUUCAGCUUUGCCUCAAUAUCAGAGAGAUUUGAAAAAUUUGAAGAUGACUUGGGAACAGAAGAGAUUAUGUGAAGCAGAACAGAGAGACUGGAAACUGAAACAUUGGCAAAAAAUUGAUGUCAAACAGUUACAACAAGCUACUGGAAGACAAAAAGAACAAAUUGAAUUGUUACCGAGUGAAGUUGCAGCUUGGGAUGUUUAUCAAGGAAUGAUUGAAUCAACAAUUGUUAUUGAACAAUGUCUUCCUCUUGUUAAAGAUUUAAAUCAUCCAGCAAUGAGAACAAGGCAUUGGAAACAGCUUGUAAGAGUCACAGGUGGUUUGCUGCAAACGGACACUGACAGCUUAAGGAAGAUGAUUCUGGGAGAUUUGCUUGAACUCGGGUUACAAAAACAUGCUGAAGAAGUGAAAUCUAUUGUACAACGAGCUGUGAAAGAUUUAACUAUUGAAAGUUCAUUGAAGACUUGUGAAGAGGUUUGGCUCGGCAAAGUAUUUGAAGUUCAUCCACAUUCUCGAGGUUUAUCAAGAGCACAAAGUGCUGAGAUUGAAGCUGGGAGUGAAAUAACAGGCAGUGAAAUGAUGCCUCAUGCUGUUCUACAAACAUAUGAAGGAAGCAGAACAACCGGUGGAACAAGGACAAAAAGUAUGAAGAGUGGACCACACAGUAGAUCUUCUGAUAAAACAGGACCAGGAUCAGUAUCAAGAGGUCGAGGUGGUGGAAGAACAUCAGUAUUGUCUUUGCCGAUAAGUUUAGUCAAUCUUGUCGAUGAUCCAAGUCCUAUAUGUUUGCUGAGAAAUGUGGAAAAAAUAUUUGCUGAGCUAGAACAUCAUCAGGUGGAUCUAAAUCGAAUGCAAAGCAACAGUGCUAUUGGUUCAUUUCUUGAUGAAGUUACAAAAUGGCAGAAGAAAUUACAAUUGGUUGAAGCAGUGCUUGAAGCAUGGGUCAGUGUUCAAGAGAAAUGGAUUCAACUUGACGAUAUUUACUCAGGAGCUGACGUUCGAACUGCACUUGCUCAUGAAGCAAAUAUGUUUGCUGUCAUCAGUAAAGAUUUUCGAUUGUUAAUGAGAGCAACUGAGAAGAAUACAAAUGUUCUACAGAGUUGCUCUAGAAAAGGUCUUUUACCAAUGCUUGAGAAAAUGGAUGCUAAGAUGGAUCAAUGCAAACAUGCUUUAUUGGGAAAUUUAGAACGACGUCGACAAAGAUUUCCUAGAUUUUAUUUUCUGUCACCUGAAGAUGUCAUGAAUAUUGUCUGCUAUGGUUAUGACUUGAAUGCUGUCAACAAAUUUUUAUGCAAAGUCUUACCCAACUUGAAGAAUCUAAUAUUUGAAGAACGAGAAGUACCAGCAACUGCAGUUAGCAAUAAAUUGAAACCACCGAGUCCAUCUGUUCCUAAACCACCUGGUGGAAACAAAAAAUUCUUGGUAAACGGGGUGAACAGUAUUGCUGGUGAACAAACUAUGUUGUCAAAACCACUACCCUAUGAAGGACCAAUGUCACAAUGGCUACCUCGCCUCAUCGAGGGAUUGAAAUUUACUAUACAGGAACAACUCCAUGUUGCCCUAGGGUUCGAACCCAGGCCAGCUCAAAUUGAGCGGGAACUAAGAAGUGCUGGUGCAUCCAAAGUUCGUGUUAGCCGUCCAUCUAGUGCAGCAUCACAAAGAUCGGGUGGAUCAAACAAAAGUGUCAUAGCUUCAGAUGUUGCAAAAGCAUUGGAACCAUUAAAAGAAGGGCCAUCUGAUAUGGCAGCUCAGCUGAGUCACAGCCUAGGAGUAUCUGUUACUCUUGAUGAAGUUUCAUGGACUCUGGACAAUACAACUCAAGUUACUUUACUUGCUACAUCAGUUCAGGCAUCUAAAGACAUUUCAGCAGCUGUAAAAACUGACGAAAGAACACAGGAAUCUAUUAAAGUGGUUCAUGAUAAACUGCAGGCGAAACUGGAUGGUGCUGUCAUUAUGCUGAAGGGAAUGGAAGAUGAGCGAACUUCACGAAUGAGAAGUGCUAGAUUCAAGUCACAGAAGGGAAAAGAUAAAACAAUAGAUGGUACUGGUGGAAAAAAAGAUGGAUUUGAAAACAGUGAAUCCCUUGGUGCACCAUCAACCAGAUUAACAUUAGAAGAUGACGUUGAUAUGGCAGGAGAUGAUGUUUCAAUUGAUGAUGGAAUGGGAGGGGGUGAUGCAGCUCCAAUCAACACAAUGCAAAGUUUAUUAUUCAUGGAACAAAUACAAUCAAAUACGGCAAAAGGAAUGAGGCGGGAUACAUUGGAAUUAGAAUUGGCUGAUAUUCUACCAAAGGAAACAACUGAACCGCAAGUUAAAACAGUAGAUACAAAACUUCAAUUGUUUCCAUCACAAAUUCACAAAAUUGCUGGAAUGAUAACUUUACUUGCUCAAUAUCGGGAUAUUUGUUUGGAUUUGAUGAAAAAACCAGGGGAUAUUGAACAGUCGUUCGAAUACCAAUCAAGGCUUCAUCAUGUUUAUAAUGACGAGAAUAUGGAAGUUUCUGUUCAUUUGCUCAACUGGGAGUUUGAAUAUGGAUAUGAAUAUCAAGGAUCUUCAAUGAGGUACAUCAUCAGCCCAAGUUGUGAUCGUGUUAUUUUAUCUCUCUGUCAUGCAUUGCACACACAAUCUGGGAUUGUUAUAUCUCGACAAACAAAUGCAAAUUCAAGUACUUCAAGAUCUGAAACACUUCAAGAAUUAUCCAUUCAGAUGGGAAGAGCAUUGUACACAGUAUGCUGCUCGGCUUCUGUCGAUCAUUACAUGCUAGGUGAUUUAUUCAAAGGAUUAGCAGAGACUGGUUGUUGGUUAUGUCUAGAAGGAAUGAGUAAACUUGCAGGUGGAAUAUUGUCUGUUGCUUGUCAACUAGCAAGUGAUGUAUUACAGGCAUUAAGAUCUGGACAACAGUCUCUUGUUUUGCAAAGUGAAGAAGUGGCCGUUUCUCCUCAUGCAGCAUUUUUUGCCACUGUUGAUUAUUCUGAAAUGCAUUUCAAGGCUCCCAGAAUGUUUUCGCCUUAUCCUACAGCUACUGCUCAGUUGCCUCCAAACUUCCUGAAAAACUUCAGGAUUAUAAGUGCUUGUACCCCAGACAGAAGAACAGUUCUUGAGAUACGACUUUUGGCUCAAGGAUUCACACAAGCAUCUGAAAUAUCGCACAAAUUAUGCAUUUUCCUUCAACUUUCUGAGAGCUUCUUCUCUACUUUGCCUGGUCAGUUAGGAAAAUCUGGCAUGCCUCAUGAAACUACUGGAAAUAAUGUAUUGUCUCUACAUAGCAUGGAGUUGAUCAUUGCAUCUGCUGGUAUUUCUCUUGAUUCACUUAUACAUGAUCAUAUGGAAAAGAACAAGGAAUAUAAAGAAAUGAUUUCAAAUAAGACGAGGAAAUUUGCUGAAUUAUGGAGACAUAAGGCAAGUACAACUACUGAAUCAAUACAACUUGAUAGUUCAGGAGAAACUGAUGAAGGAGGAAAUACUAGUUCUUCAAAUCAACAAAAGUCUGAUAGUAGCGUUCAGAGAGAAGAGAUCGAGGAAGACAUUGAAGCAAUGAGAAGAAUGGAAGAAGAAGCAAUUGUUACUGCAAUUAAAAAUUAUAUCGUUCCAAGAAUCACUCACAUGACAGACCGUAACUUACUUGCUACUCUUAUACAAGACUUAUAUCCUGAAGUUGAUAUUGAUUUAUCGGCAGAAAAUGAAGUGGAAAAUGAAAAAGUAGGAAAUGAAUGGGGACCGGACAUGGAUACUGAGGUGUCUAUACCAGUCCAUCCAACAGAAUUUGAAUCUCAACCAUUUCAAUCCAAAACGCCAACAGGACCAACAAGUAAUAUGGAUACAGCUAUAUCAGCAGCAAUUAUUGAAAAGAAGCUUUAUUCGUCUGCUCCAUUUCUCUCAAAAGUCAAUCAAAUGAUUGAGCUUGCUGAUUCAAUGCGAGGUGUGAUUGUUACUGGAAGACCCGGAUCUGGUAAAUCAACAUGUGUGGAUGUUUAUGCUGAAACACAGAAACAACUCGGUGCUAACGUCAAUUGCAAAAGGAUAUUCUUGAAUGCAAUGGAUUCACCAAAACAAUUAUUUGGAUAUUAUGAUCAAGAAAAUAAAGAAUGGAAAGAUGGAUUGGUUCAGCAUUUGGUCAGACCAGGUUGCUUUGAGAAGACCAGCAUUGAGAAUUCAUCCACUCAGCAGCAGGUUUUUAUUCUUCAUGUUGACGGAAUUUUGAAUUCUGGUGACACAGACAUGUUUUUACAAUUGUUGAGAAGUUCUGGACCAGUUGGUAGCGGAGGAGAAGCAAGUCCUAGCAGAAUAUUUCUUCCCAACAAUGAACGCCUUAGAUUAUCAUCCGAUCUGAGGGUAGUUUGGGAAAUGGAUUCACUUGCUCAUCUGGCUCCAAGUACAGCUGCAGAAUUAGGAGUGUUGGCUUUUGGAAACACAGAAAUUACAUGGAAGGUUCAUUUAUAUCACUGGUUGGAUCAAUUACCAGAAAUGAUUCGAGAGGUUUUACGAGAUCUUUUGGAAUUGUAUUUGCCAAAGGUUGUUGGAUAUUUUUCCAAAGGCACAAUGCCUGAUCAUCUGACUAGCACUCAACCAGGCCAUUCUCAUCUUCGUUUACGACAAAUGGUGAAAGUGGGAGUUGAAUCCAUGACAAUCACAUUUUGUCGUCUGCUGAAUUGCCUUCUAACUUCAUCAUCAUCGUUUGAUAUGUCACAAGACGAGUGCGAACGUUACGUUGGUUAUGCUGUUUUCUGGGCUUUUGGUGGCACUCUUGAAUCCGACAGUCGUGGAAAUUUCGCUUUAUGGUGGACAGAGCAAUGGCCUAAUCUUUUUCCAAAGCAACACGAUCCAUGGUGUGUUUUUGUAGAUUCUGAUACGAGAGAUUUUGCACACUGGUCUGAUUUUAUUCCACAGUUUUCUGGGUUUGCUCACAGUGGAAGCCAUUUGUCAUCAACUGGUUCAUUAAACCAAUCAAGUCAAGAUGAACAACAAAGACAACAACAACAAGACGAAGUUUUUGUUCACACACCUGACUCAGGUCAAAUGAAUCAUUUACUCGGAAUGCUUACUGAUGCUGGGCACCCUGUUAUGAUCGCUGGUCCCGCUGGAUGCGGAAAAACAGCUCUUGUACGAGAAAGAGUUAAUACAGUCAGUUCAGGAGAAGUCGCUGAAGUUCUAAGUCUUUUUAUUCAUUGUAAUAGACUGACUCAGGCCGGAGGAUUGUGGGAGAGAGUUUCAAAUUACCUUGAGUGGAAACAUGGAAUCACAUACACACCAAGAGGAAAUAAAAAACUUCUUUGUGUUGUUGAUGACUUGAACUUAUCAAAACCAUUAGAUAUGGACUUUGGAAAUGGACUGAGACUUCAAUCCGCAUGUGAAAUAAUCAGACAACAUCUUGAUACUGGUGGUAUCAGAAAUAUUUCUACUUUCAAAUGGCAACAGGUCAGCAAUGUUGCUUAUAUAACAACUACAAAUCCAAGUCCUUCAUGUUCAUCAUAUACUCAAAGUCAAAGAUUAACCAGACAUUUCUCAGUAUUUACUUGUCCUUUCCCAUCUCUUGAAGCACAAAAUUCUAUAUUCAGUGCGAUGCUGGGAAGCCAUUUUUUGACAACCUUUGGAUCAGGGUCUCUAUCAUCAAGUAAUCUUGCAGAGUUAUGGGCAGAAAAACCAAUGCAGCAUAUGUUACACAACAUAACCAUGGUAACUAUCGAAUUACAAGAACGACUUCGAAGCAUGUAUUUAUCUGUACCUGAUCGAGCCCAUUAUUUGUUCACACUAAAUGAUCUGGACAGAAUAUUCAGAAACUUGAUUCUGUCGUUACGCAAGGAUUGUCAUCACAAAGAUUUAUUGCUGAGAUGGAGACACGAAUGUGAUUGGACAUAUGGUCGUAGAAUGGUUUCUGAUGUUGAUUUGGAAAGAUAUCAACAAGCCUUUGAUACCGCAGUUCGAAAAUAUUUGACAGAAAACAAAUAUCUACCUUGUGUUCUCCCAUCAAAACAACCUUUGUUUAGCAGUGUCCGAGAACUUGAUAGUGGAUUUGUUACUGCUGGAAGAUAUGAAGGACGAUCAUCUCAAGCUAGUCGGCAUUUAAAAUCUGGAACAACACAAGAUACUGGAGAUUAUUAUAAAGCUGUUAAUGAUGAAGAUGAAGUUCAUAGAUUGCUAAUGGAAGCAGUCAAGGAAUACAAUAAAGUAAAUGUUGGAAUGAAUUUGAGUUUAUACAAAGAAACAAUCUCAACAGUCUGCAGACUUGCAAGGAUAUUGCAGUGUCCACAUAAGACUGGACAUACAUUGUUGUUUGGAGAAGGUUGUCCAAUGCUUGCAAGACUUGCUGUGAACCUUGCUGGACAUCUUAGUGGAUUUUCUGUACGAAGUUUGAGACCAUCAUUAGCAACAUCAGACAAUGAUGCAAUAGAUACUGAUGAGGCAAGACUUGCACAUUUCAAACAAUUCAUGGUCAACAUGUACAAUGAUACUGGUGUCAAAGGAGAGAAAAUUGUUUUGUUUUUGAGUGAUGACAGAGUUUUGACUGAUGAAUGCUUGGCAGUAUUGGAAGAACUUGUACGUCAUGGUGCUAUUUCACGUUUGUUCACAACUGAUGAACAAACAACAAUUGCUAAUUCAGUAAGAAGUGAAGUAACGGCAGCAGGACUCACAUAUUCUCGAGAUGCUGCUUGGAAUUUCUUCCAAAGUACAGUAAUGAAAAAUUUGAGGAUUGUACUGGUUUGCUCAGAUACAGGCAAAUCAUUUAUGGGAAAGAGUCUGGAAUUUCCUGCAUUGUUCAACCAUUUCAAUAUUAUUGCAAUGAGACCAUGGUCACAUGAACAACUUGUUGAAAUCACUUUGUACCAUGUACAAGGUAAAAGUAAUAAAUGUUUGUUACUGAGUGAAGAAGAUGAAGACAGAAGAUUUCAACAAUAUAAAAGAAGAAAUCGUAGGCCGAUGGAUAAAAAAUGGAUGGAAAAUGUGGCUCAUCUUCUUGCAAACAUGCAUAUUGCUGUCAGACAGAAAGCUGAAAAUAAAUUUUACAAACUUCCUGGACAUGUCAGUAAUUAUGCUUUCGAGAAACUUGUAUUGAGAUUUGUCAGUGUUUUUCGUGCCCGACGUCUUUCUAUACAUUCUGAUCAAAAUGCAACUGCGGAAGCAUUAUUAAAUAUUGACAAAGAAAAUGCCAUCGCUGAAUCUCUGCAAAGAGAACUUGACAGAGAAAAACAGGUGUUAGAAGAACAUAAAAUUGGCACAACACAACUUCUGGCUCAGAUUGGACAAGAUAUGGUUAUCACUGAACAACAGGUUUUAGCUGUGAAGCAACAAAUUCGUAAGAUUCGACAUUUGAAAAAGUCUCAACCAGAAUAUAAACACGCCCAUGAGAAAGCAGUUUUUAAAGCUGCUGCAAUCAUUGCUGAUACUAAAAAAGUUGUGAAAGAAAUUGACAGUCAGGGUCUACAAGAGUUGAGGGCAUUGCAGAAACCAGACAAUGAUGUUGAGGACUUGAUGGCUUGUAUUAUUAUGAUUGUUAAAUCACCAAACUCAGAUCUAACAUGGAGUAAAGGAGCAAAGAGACAGAUGGCUAACUUAGAUCGUUUCAUUGACGAGCUGAUGAAUUUUGAUGACAGUCCCUUGCCACAGAGCACCCUUGAUGCGCUUGAACCAACUUUGGAGAAAGAAACAUUUACUGUUGAUAAUUUAACUGCAAAAGCUGGCGGUAAUGCUGCAGCAGGUGCUCUUUUGAGAUGGGUACAAGGUGUUGUACGUUACCAUAGUUUGAUGAUUACAAAAGUGAAACCACUUCAUGAUAAAUUGGAAGAAACAUCUUCAGCCAUAGUCGGAGCUCAACACAGGUUAAGACAGUUGGAAAGUAAGAAAGAAGCUUUAGAAUCGAGAUUACGAGACCUAGGCGAAGGAUUUGAACAAGCGACUGUUGAUAAGAAUGAACAAGAAAAUAAAAGAUUGGAAAUGCAAGAUCAUUUGCGUGAAGCUGCUCAUUUUCAACAAGUUCUUAUGGAUGAACAUAGAAGGAGGACAGCAGUACUGAGUGCCUGUGAGGAUCAACUUGAGUGGGUAACAGGAGUUGCUGCCAUUGCAGCAGGUUUCUCAACUUACAUGGGUCCUUAUCCAUAUAUGUUUCGUCGCAUGUUGUUGACAGUAGACUGGGCACAAUGUCUUGUAGAACGUGGAAUUCCUCUUGUAUUUGAUACAAUUGAUGCUGUACGAGGACACAGAAUUGAAUUCAUGCUUGAUGUCCAUGAUGGAAUUCCUGACAUAUCAGGAGGACAAGAAGAUGAAGAGCAAGAGGAAGGUGGUGAUGAAUCUAAUAAGAUGUUGGCUAAACUAAGUGAAGAAGAUGAAGAAGCAGGAGGAACAACUGAUGAAAGUGAUUCUAAUCUGCAGAAUACAAGCACUGAUGAUUUGACAGCAUCUGAAAGUAACCAACAACAAAACUUACCACCAGUUGCAGAAGAAACUGAUGCUGAUGAUGAAGCUGUUGACAAUCAAGAGAUUGAUGCAGAUGCAAAAAGUAACAAAGAUGGAAGGAAAAGUACUGGUAGAACUCAGUCAGUUAAUGUCGGUAAUCAGGGAACUGAGCAAGACAUCGACAGUAGACCUUCUACUGCUAUGGUUGUUCCAGCAUAUUCCUACGCAACCUUGCCCUACAUUAGCACUGAAGAAUACCAGAUAUUUGUUGGAUGUAUUGUAAAAAUAUUAGUUGGUGAAGAAAAAAUGCAGGAAUGGCUGACAAAAGACUAUUCUCAUCAUCAGCUACAAAAUGCUGCAAUCUUGCACACAACAUGGCAACGGCCACCUUUGCUGUUAGAUCCAUAUUUAGCUGGUGUGGAUUGGUAUGCCUCAGUCUUCUGUCAAGACAAAAGAAUUGUUCCUGUUAAUUUAUCAUCAAGAAUGGGUCAGGCUCAGAUCGUGGUGAUGGAGAAAGCUAUUCUAGCAGGUCAUACAUUGAUGUUGAUGGAUUGUGAACAACAGUCUGGAAAUUUAUUAAGACCUUUAAUUUAUCAUGCAAACACAACACGGGUUGUUGGUGAAAAUUCUAUUGAUGAAACAAGAACAAUAAGAUGGGUUGGAAGAAGACUUGUAUGUCCUGAUUCAUUCCGUUUAUGCAUGAGCACUGCACAGCCUGCGUCUAUGUUGCACCCAAAUAUUAUUGCUGCAUCUCAACUAAUAAGCUAUAUACCAAGCACUGAAACUCUCCAGGAGGAUUUGCUAAACCGUGCCUUAUGUCGAGUGCGACCAGAAUUAUUCCGUGAGCGAAAACUGAUCAUGCAUGCGAUUCGACAGCAUCGACGUACCUUGUCUCAACUUGAUGAUAUUUUAAAUGGCAAACUUAUCUCAGAAGUUGAAUCUCGACAAAUUGAAAAUUCAACGAAGUUUAUCUCUUCUGUUGUUGAAAUGAAAACUCAGGUAUUUGAAGAGUUGAAAGCAGUUGAAAACCUGCUUGCAAAUUUGAAUGAACUAUCAGAAGAAUUAUUUCCUGUGGCACAGAGAGCUGCUCUGUUGUAUACAAUAUGUAGAGCAAUGCCUGCACUUGAUCCUCAUUAUCAGAUCCCAUUGCCCUUUUUCCGUCAUUUGUUUGAUAUGUCUGUGGGUGAAGAUUCAGAAGAAGAUACCGACAGUGAUUUUGUUCUUGAUGAUGUUAAAGUCAUCAAUCCUUACGCUGAAGAAGAAGCAGCAAAAGAUCUGAGUGAUGAUGGAACGAGUCCUACACCUGAUAAAUCAGCAUUACAAGAAAGAAGAAGAUCAAAAUUAAGAUUGGGAAGCGCGUCUAAGGUUAUGAAACGAGGAAAGAAGGAAGGAGAGGGAUUGUCAGAAGAUGCCACUGAAACUGAUGCAAGUCAUGAUAAAGCAACUGAUGGUAAAACAAGUACAGAAGAAGAGGAUUCUGAGGAAGAGCUUGCAAGAAAAAGAUCGCAUUUGGAAAUUGUGAUUCCAACAGUUUCACAAUUUCCCACAGAAGGAGUUGAAUAUAGCAACUAUCCUUCUGAUGAUGUGAAAAAAAUUGUUGAUGCUGUUACUGCUCGUGUUUUCGAACAUAUUUACCAUAGUGUUCAGCCAGAUCAUCGACUACACAUAGCUGCACUCACUCUUUUGAGCAUACAACUUGAUACAUCCAUGAGACAAGAAGACGAAAAAGAAUCUUCAUCUCAAGAGCAAGAAGAAAAAGAUGACAAGGAAGAGGAAGAUUCUAUGAAGAAAUCUUCAUUUUCUGAAGAGGAAUUAACACUGUUGAUUCAUGGAAAUCCAGGAUUUGGAGGAGGAGUUUCUCUCAGCUUGCAAGAUUUUGAGUGUCAGGCUCCUGUUCCAACAUGGAUGUCUGAGGAUCAUUGGGAAGACUUACUUGCUUUCUCAGUAUUACCUGGACCUUUGGAAGGAAUAUGUGUUCAGGUUGCUGAAUGUGCUGACAAUUGGAGAGAGUGGUAUGAAUGUACUCAACCUGAGGCUGUGAAUUUACCAAUGAGAACUGUUGAAAAUCAAAAAGCCGAAGAUGGAUCAGAAACAUAUUCUGACUUCCAUAAAUUACUUCUCAUACGAACUUUAAGACCAGACAGAUUUUUACCAGCAUUGGAAAAAUAUGUCACUGACAAUGCAGAAGGAACAAGCAUCGAAGAGACAUUCCUAUCAUCGACUGGACCUGAUCAUGACAGAAUUUUCAAAGAUGUGAUGAAUACAUUAGGAAUAAUGAUAGUUUUACCUGAUGGACAAGAUCCCCAAAUUCAAGCAACUUUACAGAUGAAUCCAGUAGAUGCAAUUCGCACCCUGGCCGGAAGUUGCAAAGUCAAUGCUCAUGUUGUUUCCGUUGGUGAUGGUUGUCAACCUGAAGUUACUCAUGCAAUUGAACAAGCUCAUGCAGAAGAUAGCUGGUUGGUUAUUGACGGACUUCACUAUGCUCCAAGCAAAUUUUUCGAAGAUCUUCAGAUUCAUUUGGCAAGAAUCGGAAACAUUAGUAGACAAAGUGGUAUUCUUGGUGGAAUUGCAGAUAAUGAAGAAGAUGGAGAUGGGGCACAACAUGCUGAGAAGAAAAGCAAAGCACCAAGAUUUUUAGUUUGGUUGACAACACGACCAAGUCUUACUCUCCCACCAACCAUGACUCAAUAUUUGUAUAAAUUGUCUUGGAAAUCUUUGAUUGAUAUUACAUUGUCAUCGGUAGAACCAGAUGUUUCUUCUAGAAAUACUCAGAUUUUCAAAUCUUCUCUCAUAAGUUCAUUGGAUAAGAUCCCUGAAGCCUUAUUGACGACGAUAACAGAAUCGCAGGCAUCAUCAAGUGCAUUGUUUUAUGCUGUUUGUGUCUGUCACUGUGUUGCAUUGACCGGACAGUGUUUUGGUUGGCAUGGGUUAACCCGACGUUAUGCACUAUCUGACUCUGUACUUCACCAAGCAUUAUCACAUAUUGUCACAGAAUCUGGAGUUGCACACUGCAUACAACUGAUUACAAAUCUUUAUGAUGAUGUGAUUACAUGUCAACAAGAUCAGGAUUUCAUGAAUCUUUUGCUUGAAGAUGUCAUUUCACAAGCUAUUAGUCAGCCAAGUACUUCCAAGUUCAUUGUACACAAUGUUGAAAUUCCUGCACCACCUUCCACAAUGUCUUUCAAAGAUUAUUCUGAAUGGCUGAAAGCUGAGAUGCCAGAUGACAUUGAUAUGGCAAGAUUAGUCUCUAUACAUCCAUCAGCAUUACAAUGGAAAACAACUCAAACCAGCGAAAAACUUAUUGAGCAGUUGCAAGAAUUGUUCACAGCAUCACAACAACCAGGAUAUGAAACAAGUGUAGCAGUCGCAAAACCUGCUGAAGAAACACAAUCAAAGAUUCCUUUGUCACUAUCAUCUCUUCAAACCUCUCUGGAAAUGUGUUCAGAACAGCUUCCUACAUUACUAGAACUUGGAUCAACACAACGAGAUCUAUUCACUGAUUAUGACUUUCCAUAUCACAGACCAUCUGUGCUUAGUACUGGCAUUCCGCAUGAAAAUCCACUUCCGGAAUCUAUCGGAUUUGUGCUAAUGAAAGAAUGUGUUUGGUUCAAUAAACUGUUAUGUCACAUAUAUCAACAAUUGUAUCAUCUGCGUAGAUCACUCAUGCUGAUGUCUGAUUAUAAAUUGCCUAAAACUUUACAAGAAACUGCUCAAGCUCUGCUUGCAGAAAAUGUACCAGAGUCAUGGUUACAUCCAAAUGAUUUACCAAGUACUCACACUCUACUUACAUGGCUGUCUGAUAUGGGUUUACGAUACAAACAAUUCAAAUCCUGGAUAAAGGAGGGAAUGGUUCCUGCUGGAUCAAAAUCACCAGUUGGCAAAUUAUCAUCAGUAUGGUUGGGUGGACUGGUGAAUCCACAAGCACUUAUUACUGCAAUGAGACAUGAGAGAGCCGUAGCACAAGAUACAACUGUUGAAAAAGUUAAGUUGAGAUGCAAGGUUUUGUCAGAUUCAGAUAUUCUGGAUUCAACCACGAAUGAGCAGGAACCAAGUAUAGUAUUGAAGUCAAUGCAUACUAUCAACAUGAUGUGGAAUGCAGAGAGAUCUUGUCUUCUUCCACUGAGUCCUAAAAACAAAGAAAUGAAUGAUCUUCCCUCUGUUCAUCUAUAUACUGUAUUAGAAGAUGAAAUUGAAGGAAACGAAGGAAAGGACCCAAUACAUGAAUUCCCUGUAUACAUGAAUGUGUCACGGCAAGUUGUUGUAUGUCAUCUACCUUUACCCGUGGAUUCAGAUUCUCUCAUUAGAUCAGAAGCAUUAGAAUGGAACAUGCAACAUGCGAGCAUUGUUCUACAAAGUGGUCUUGAUGCCACCAAACGUGACUUGUGUAAAACACGUACAUAUCUUGCUCGCAAAAGAAGAGAAGAAUGGGAGAAAGUUUCUCCUGAAAUAAGUGAAUUGAUGUCUAGAUCAGUGACAAGAAUGUCAUCAACUCAUCAGUCUAUUUCAGGUCAUCCCUUGUCAAUAACAUCAGUAGGUGUAAGUGGUCAACCAAAAGCUGGGAAACGAGAUAGCUUGACAUCACAAACACCUGGAUUUCUUCAGAUUCACAAAAAAGGAAAGAGAGGAUCAAUCGCUUCAUCAGGAGAUGUUCAUGGUUUGGAUGCUGCAUCUAAAGCUAAAUCCUUGAGUCAAUAUUCUUUAUCAAGCCAAGGAUCAAGUAUUCCUGCACCAUCUGUUACAAAUAAACCUCCAUCAAGAGUACAAGAAGAAAGAGAAGAAGAUGGAGAGGAUUCUGAAGAUAAACCAAUACCGAACGGAAAAAUAGUUCACAAGGAACCUCCAGCGCAAGAUGGCACGGGCGAGCUGCCAUCGCCAGGUGUCGCUGGUGCACCACCGCCUGGUACAGAAGAAGCUGUUGAACGGGGAGUUUUACCUGAAGGCUUCUUUGAUAUAAAACGCCCGCCUUCAACGGAAGCUAGCCUAUUACAGUCUCUUAUGGACGAAGAUGGAACCGAAGGCGAUGGAUCGGAAGGUACUCAACCAUCAGUGAGACAAAAAACUGAUGAUCAGCAGACAGAAGGCCAAACCGAAGAAAAAUAAAGUUUGAACACAACAUAUCUUGUCAAUGGCAUGGAAAAAUUCAAAGUCUUUGUCAAAGAAAUCGUUUUCUGAAAAUAUUUAUCUAAUUAUAAUUUGUAUAUACUGUUCUUUGCAUAUAUUUGGUAAUAUUUUUUUGUAUAACCGGGCUUAUCAAUCAAGCUUGAUCAGUUAUUUUUUUUUUAAAUCCGUACUUGGCCAAGCCUAUUUUUAAUUUCAAUGAAUAUGUCAUCAAAAUUCAUUUCUUUAAAAGGUUCAAAACAAAAACUAAUUUUUUUUAAUGUUGAUCGAAACUUUUAUUAUGGCUUUCUUUGACAAGAGUCGUAGAUCAAAAGUGUAAUAUAAGAUAAUUUCAUACAUAGUUAAUCAAAUAAUUUUCCCUGUGUACUUAAAUAAGCCUGUAUUAAAAUAUUAUCGUGUCCUUUUUUAAUAUCAAUUAUGUUCAUCCUGAAUUUAAUCUAGUUUGAUGUAGAUGUGUGGUCAUUUUUUUUUGCAUUUUCAGCAAAUAAACUAAAAAACUACAAUUACGCCUUAAAUUUAGUCAUAAUUUUGAAUGGUUACUUCUCACCAAAUUGCUUUUCGUAUCACCAAGGGAUAAAAAUAUACAUUCUUGACUUAUAUAUUUUCCACUGUUUUGAACAAACCUUACACCAAAUACACUGUUUAUGUUAAUUUACCUAGCUGUGCUCCCCAUUUUACCUAUUUUUGUACUUUUAGCAAAAACGAUAUUUGCUCAAAUUCUAUUUUUCAUUUUGUGCUAGAUAGAGUAACUUUAUUUUUUGAAGUGUGUUACCUACUAUGGAAACCAUUUGCGUUAAAUAAAUUUACCUUUUAU